GGGUAACAGACACACAUCUGGAGAGUCAAGGUGAUUGCUAGCCAUCUCCUGUUUGCUGGAAAGACGCACGUAGACAUACAUUUGUCGCCUUGGAGUUUGGUUAUAAAUCACAGUCAAAAUGGCCUUCAUGUCAAGCAGAAUCGAUCCUCCCGAAUACAUCUACAUUCCUGGUGGACUCCGAGUUGGUGCGUCCAUUAUCAUCAGAGGGAAGACACAGUAUGGAUGUGAAUCGUUUGCCAUUAAUCUUAAGUGUGGUGACGGGGAUGACUGUAACAUCCCCUUCCACUUCAACCCCCGCCCAGCAUCAAAUGAUGUGAUUCGCAACUCCUACAUGGGCGGCUGGCAGGAUGAGGAGACGGACCAGCCUUACUUCCCCUUCCUGGAGGGACGGUCCUUCCAGGUCCGUAUCCAUGCCUCACAGGAUGAGUUCCGCGUCACUGUCAACGGCAGAGAUUUCAUCACCUACGGCUACCGUACAGAUCUGAGUGAAAUCCGUUAUCUCCAGCUUGGAUCUGGAGCUGAAUAUUCUGAUGUCACCAUACAGAACAGCAUGACCAACCCCUACUUCGAGGAGUUCAAGCGAGGGUUUGGUGUGGGUCAGGCUGUGAGGAUUAGGGGAGCUGUCAAGGAUGAUGCUGAAUCAUUUUCAGUGAACUUCAACUGUGACUGUGGCGGAGAUACGACAGGUUUCCAUUUCAACCCACGUUUUGAAGAUGGGGAAGUGGUCCGCAACGCUAACCUGGGGGGCUGGGGGGAGGAGGAGAAGGGACAAGGUGACUUCCCUUUCUCAAGAGGGGCAAUGUUUGAUGCACUGUUCAUUGCUCAGGAGGACAGAUUCAAUAUUUAUGUCAAUGAGAAAUACUUUGCCCUGUUCAAUUACCGCUGUGACGUCAAUGACAUCCGCUACCUGACCAUCAAUGGAGAUAUCUCUAUCUGUGAUGUCGAGUUUUUUGAGCCUCUUCCAGAUGACUUCAUGAAAGAGAUCCCCUCCGGUCUUGAGAAUAGCGACAUGAUUGUUGUCAAAGGGUUCUUCUACCCAGAGGGAGACAGUUUUGCGAUCAACCUCAUGAACGGCGACAGCCUUGAGGAUGACGUGGGCCUUCACUUCAACCCCCGACGCGGGGAGGGGGAGGUGGUCCUGAAUAACCGCGUGGAUGGGGAGUGGUUAGAGGAGGAGCGAGAAGCAAUACCCAAUGCAUUCCAAGAGUUACUUCCCUUUGAGGUCAAAAUUGUUGUCAAGAAGAACAAGUUCAAGAUCUAUGUGAAUGGCAAGAAGCUGACCAGCUUCCGCUCACGGUGUAGCGUGGAUGCCAUGCGGAGAAUUAACGUGAAUGGCAAUGCCUACUUCUACCAAGCCAAACUACUCAGGAGACUGGAAUUGCCAGAUGUUGAAAGAAUCCCAAGUAACUUGCAGCCAGGCGGUUGGGUUGUUGUCAACGGAACGGCCAAGAAGGAAGCCCAGAGUUUUGCCAUCAACCUGCAGUGCGGUGACAGUGGUGAUUACAACACAGACAUUGCCCUCCACUUCAAUCCGCGCUUCAGCGGGGAGGACUCUGUCCGCAACACCCAUGAGGAUGGUAGCUGGGGAGAGGAAGAGCUGGAACAACCCAACUUCCCCUUUGAACCCAAGGAUGCUUUUGAAGUAGCCAUCAACUGUCUUGAAGACCGAUACAGAAUCUAUGUGAAUGGGUAUCACUACGUGGACUAUAACCAUCGUAUCGACUACCACCGAGUGUGCCAUCUCAUGCUGACUGGCGAUGCCAACUUCUUCGAGCCAGAGUUUUUCUAAGCUGUCCAUCUGCAGGAAAGCCUGGCAAGUCUUCCCAUGUUCAGCUCAAGAACAAUUUCACUGUGAUAUAGGACUUGUGAACUCGUCAAAUCAUUUGUAAAUUUAUUAUCAUUCAGCAUUGACUGGGCAACCAGGACUGCUUCUGGCAUUAUUAUUCUUCAUUUGAAUUUAUCUAUUACUAUUAACCCUGUUACUUCUCAAUGCAAAAUUGAUGUGUUGAUCCUGUCAAAUACAACCUCAAUCUGUCAAAACUCAUGGUAACUCAACAAAGACAGUUUAAAAUUGUCAUACUUAUAUUUAGUAUGUUUGAGUUUGAUACUGCUUGCAGCUUUAGUCCAUGCAUCAGGUUUCUGGCAUAUGAGAUAAUCUAAGUUUGUUAAUUUCUUUCUGUAAUUCUGGUGGAAUACUAAUAAGCAUGUUUGAUCAGUUCAAAAGUUUUACUCUUAUUUGAAUGCAAGCCAAGUCAGCUUUUCUAAUAAAACUUGCAUAUAUAAUA